ACAUUUUCUGUUGGCAUAAAUUAGCAAAACAUAUCCAUAGCACUCAUAAUGUUAAUUAUCUUGAUAGAAAUUAACUUUGAUUGCCUUUUUUUAUUGUAUAUGCUCUAGAAAUGAAGGGGGGCUCAAGUUUAUCCUAUGUAUCUUUUUACUGUUUCAAAACAUGUGCCAUGAGCCUGUAUUUGAGUAAAACCAUUUUAUUCAAACCACAAUUCUGUUUCAAAUAUAUGAAGGUAAGAUAAAAAGUAGGAAAAUUUGUGAUUUUAUAAUGAAUAAAUCCCUUUUGAGUUGAGAAAACUCAAAGUCUUCCUUUGUUGCUGCCAAUUUUUUAUCACUUUUAAAGCUUUCCAAAGAUUUUUUUUAAAGCCACUUUUGGUGACCAGCAUUAAAGGGAACAAGAAACAUAUUUUAAGCACACGUGAUUGAAACAUGAUUUUGUUGAAUGCAGUUUUUCAAGAUAACAACUAACCAUCAAGCGUUGAAGUACUUGAUGUCAAUCUAAUUUCUCCCAGUGGUUGUUGUCGUCAUAUUUUGUUUCUGCAGUCAAACUCAUCAAUCAAAAUAUGUCGACUUAAGUAAAAGUAAGUGUAUUAAGAAGUAAUGUAAAUCAAUCACAAACAAAUAGCUAAGCGGAUAAGACAGUUAAAUCCUCCUACUGAUUCUAUUUAUUGAUGUACCGCUGCAUCUAUAAAUACAAUGGUUCUCUUAGAGGCAUCGUCACGAGAUAUUCCAAUGUAUAAUUUUGCAUAUAGGGCAAUAGCACAGGUAUAUAGGAACGUGAGGUGAUAAUUAAUUGACAGCUGUUAGAGUUCAUGGUUAAAUGAGACAAAGGUAUAAUGAUGUAUGAAAGAUACCCAACAUUUACGUCACCAAACUUUUGGAAGUGCUGCUCUUUUUGCAGGCACUGUAGCCAACCUCUACCCACGUUUUAUUCAGGUCUUUCUUAAAAGUUCCUCCCAGUUCUCCCUGUCUUUCCACUCAUCAGUUGUUCCCCCUUCAGCAUAGCAUAUUUCAUCCGGUUUCCCGUUCUUUACUUUAGGUGAAAUCAUAUCGGUACAUUUCAUUCCAUCUUUAGUAGGGGUCAGGGAGAUGAGGCAAAAUUGCUUUUAAAUGCUUAGCCCAUAGCUACCCUAUGUACGAAACCGACAGAGCUGCUUUGGAUGCUCAUCAGUGCUUUGCAUAUCAUCUUUGCUGUAUUUGACCGAUCUCUUUCUACAAAUCCUUAGCUAAAUGAUAGCUACUUACAAUUAUUGUUAGGCUACUUACAAUUAUUACAACAGUAAGGGAAGGAGAAGAAUAACCCAGGUGAGCUGUUUACGACCAACGUGUAAAUAUGCUAAGUGUAAAGUGGACGUCCACCUUCUGAAAACAUUCUAUAAAUUGAAUCGAUUCCAUGCUACACUUCAAACUGAUAGCGCCACGUUUUGGAACUUCGUCGGUUUACAAGUGAGUAACAAAAUCUUGUGAGUAUAGGCGGUCCAUAUUGUAUGGAUCAGAGCCUACGCUUCCUUUUCCCCAAACUUGCCAGAAUAGCAUUUUGAAAUGAGUAACGCUAGAUUUGCGAUUCACCUCCAGAAAUCCUAUUUGAGCCAAACUAAGAAUUAAAGUAUUUGGAAAACGUUCUAUUUAGCUAACUUGUAGCUUUUGGCAAUGUAGAGGAUCUGCAGGAAACAAGAGUGAAUACAGAACAGCUAAUCGUUAUGUAAAUAUCUUCUAAUCAUUUAGCGUUACACAUCUGCAUCGUCACCUUUCCGUUAGGGCUCAAUCGGGGUGAGAUCACCACCAAUACAACAUACAAACUUUUGUUUACAACUUGCUAUGAUCAAAUCUUAACCAGACAAAAUGUAAUCUAGAUUAUCAAACGAAUUUCCUGAUUUGUGGUAACCUAUUUAGUACAUCAUCCCAUUCACACUAACCCUAUAUCCUCAAUGCAAAGGUUGCGAUGUUUCUGUAUCCAGAUUACUCACGAAUUAAUCUUGUGUCAUUAUCGAUUAACGAAAAUCUUCUUGUUGCAGCAAAUUAGAGCAUUUGAUUCAUCAGAAACUGAAUUGUCACACCAUUGUCAAUUGUUAAAACAGUUUUGCUACCAGGGAUACGCCCUCGAUGCAUGGGCGUAUAGCGUCCCACGCUUAAGUAGGUAAUGAGAUGACAACUACAAACUCCAUGACCAAGCCAUUUAUCAUUACUAUUCUAUAUAGCCAGUUUUGUCCUUGUUUGGUUCGUGGCAAAUACGAAACUUCGUUUAGUCAAUGUGACAGGCUUUGAAUUACUACCCUUACCAAUAGCAAUCGAUGAGCGUUCACUGCUCUCACCCUCUUUGGUAGACGAAGUAGACUUUCCCAUUUUGAUUCCACCAAUACAAUUCACAAAUUCAACGUACAGCCUCAUUUUGAACAAUUCUUCAAAUUCUUUUGUACAAAAUUUUUAACCUUAGAUUCGGAUUAGGAGUAAGAUUAGUGUACUUGGAAGUUUUCAUAAUGUUAUUGCUCACGAUAUUGAUUUAUGAUGACAUAAAGAUGAAGAUUUUAUAUGGGAUUCUCGACUAAGGGGGUAAAGCUUUACUCGGAAUGAUUUUGCGGUCAAAUCACUUACAAGUUUUCAAACUUCAAUUCUUUGUAAAAUCUCAAAUGCAUGCACAGAUAAGUUAAAAAAUAGCAUCUGGCCGAAAAUUAUGGUGGUAAAACCGAAUAUGAACUCAAAAAGUCGUACAAUGAGGUUGAGAGUAAAACGAGGCCGCAAGUUGGAUUGGUGUAUUUAUUAUCAUUGUUAUGGGAAGCAGAAGGAGUGGGAAUGGAGAAUACUAUUUUAAGCGUUUUCAUUUUGUGAUGGUAUUCAAGCAAUUUUUGCAAGGCUCGUAGCUUCAAAACUGUCCUUUCACAACCUUAAAGGGAAAACACCACUUCCCAUUUGCUAUAUAUGUUAUUAACACUUUAUUAAUUAUUUUGUUGUCUUAGGAUAUCGAAAAGUAUUCAUGUCUCGUUAAUAUUUUGUACUGUGUUGGAAUUUCGCUACUCUUGUUAUUCCUAUUAUUCAAAACAGAUAGAAAACAAGCAGUUUGGUUUAUGUGAAAAAACCUCGCGUGAUUUGGGCGUGCCCUAUAGCUUCAACAACAAGAUUGUGCAAUAACUAAGUAAGGUUCUUCAGCAUCAAAUGUUAAGAUAAGUAGUAUCAAAAGCAACAUAUGCAAGUGUACAUGUUUGUAUGAUCUGAAUAUAACACCACGCCGUAACAAAGCAAUGAAUCUGAAUAGCUAACUGAUGAAGUAUGAUUCAUUUUUCGUCACUUAUGAAUGUUUAAGUUAUAGAUGUAUAUAUGAAGGAUUUCGCUCCAUUUUUAAUAUUAAAGCUUUGUUUCACCAGUUUUCACCAAGUAAUAUGGCUUGUUAGGUACUUUCAAUCGCCGCGUCUUUGAUGAAGAAAAAUCUACACGAGCAACAGGUGUUUGUUCGGCUAUGUCUUCUAUCUAAGGUUAGCUGGCUGCUAACACAAGCAGCCUAUUGACAACCGCAACUGAUACGUGGGCGAUAGGCCAAGAUAUGAAGCGACUUGUCAUGGGCUCUUGACCUCAACAGCAGAACAUGUUAAGUGGCUUAGGGGUCUAUUAGGUUUCGAAAGUUACUAUUAUUUGUUACGUUUUUAUGUUAAGUUUGGAUUAAGAAUGUUUUUAUUGAUUGGGAAUCCUAUAUAACUUAAAAUGAUUGAGUAACUACGUCUCGAAAGUACUCUGUACUCGCCAUAGGUUUCUGUUGUUUGCAAUUUGUGCUGUUUAAAUGGUUUUCGAUGCACAUUUGUUCGUAAUAGUUGUUGGUCAGGUUCCACACAGUCUUUCUUUAUUGCCAUCCCAAUAACUGUUGUGGAAUUCGACUAUAAGCAACAAGAAUUCGUUCCUGUUACGGAUGCUUUUUAUAAACAAUAUAUAUUAAAAAAUUUACUUUUAAUGAGCCCUUGAGGAUUUUUAUGAACCCCUCUCGAUGCUUGAAACGAAUACGUCACACCGCUUUAUCUAUGUUUAAAUUAUGACCUAGAAAUUAUUUUCCUAUAGUUUCAAAGUAUCGUUACCAACUCAGACUUAAAUUUUGAAAAAUAACUGCUGUCGAUUCAAAAUAAGAUAAAAAUUCUUGGUAAUGAUUGCUUUUUUUAAGCAGUUUAGUCAUUGUUUAAAAAGUAAGAAGGAAAUGAACUUAAUUUGAAUUUUUUAUAUAAGAUUCAUUCCAUAGGCUUUGUACGCAUGUUGCUGCCACCGUUUCUGUGACUUGGCUAUUCCAUUAGUCAUUUCAAUGCCUGCCAAAAAUUCUUUGAAUGCCCAGCAAUUUGCGCUGUGUUUUUUUGUAUUUUUCAUUUUUAAAGAUAUUUCUAUUUCCAAAUGUCAUAGAAGUCACAGGACGAGAGGAAUUUAUUAUCUCCAACUCCUUUUUUGUAAACCAACAUGAGUCCCAAGGUGAGGGGGUCUGUUGAAUCUACUCUUGGAAAAUGACUUUAGUGUUCUAAGACUUUUGGCAGGGAUUGUAGAUGAAAGAAAUAGAUGGUUUACUAGAGGGGAUAAUUCAGCUAGAAUGUUUCGUCGGAACUGGCCAAUAUAGGUUUUAUCUCACACAUUGUUGUAUUCGCAUGUUCAAAAGUACGAUUCAAAAACUGUGCGUUUCCUUUUUAAGCUGCAUGGACAGAUUAGUUUUGAAUACAGUAUAAAACAAAAACAGUCACGCUAGCCAUGUACUGGGGGUAGCAAAAAUUCUAUUAAUAGUAUGAAUAGGAUUUGGUUUGCCAUAUAGCUUGGAUGACGCAACAUAUCCGCUGAACCACUGGAGCUGACGUCAUAAUGCGUUUGCCGAUAGGAAUCCCGUAUACGUCUGUGAGUGACCUUCUGUGGUUAACCUUCUAUGUCAUGUAGAAUUCCUUAUAACACGUAUGUACUUGCUAUCCUGUUUGCUUUGUUGCUUAUUCCCCUUUAUCUUCUUUGUGGUUUUAAAUGUUAAUCUUCUUUAAAUAUUCCAUUCAUAUGUUAAAUCCUUCGCUUUGAGCGUUAUUCUGUUUCUCAAUUGUUUUCUUUUUAAUAACGCGACGUCAGAUCUUUCGAUUGGGUAAGAGCACACCCUUGUGUCACCUGAUCAAAUUCGUGACUCGUAAAUGGGUUUGGAAAGCUUUGCCUGAUAAAAGUUCUAAACCCUUAAAAGGCCAUGCGAUAUUCAGUUUUGGGUAAUUAAACGCCAAACAAGGCUUUUAGAGGUUACCCAGAACAUUUCAAGAAUAAUGCGUGAGAAACCACCACAAACGUCUAUGGAAAGUAAAUAAAGCCGUUUUAGGCCCCUUGACAGAUGUAGCCUCCCCUAGUAAAAGGCGUUUCUCCUGAGGGAUGAAUAGACUGCUGUUAUGGUGUUAUCCACGUACUUAAUUGUUCGUAAAUAGGAUAAACGAAUAGUUUUUGUAGUAGUAAUGAUUUAAUGGUAAGAUUAUGCUUGGUAAAUUCAAGAGUAGUAAUUUAGUUUAACAUACUUUUCUUUGCAUUAUCCCUUAUUUGAUAUAUAACAUUUAUCUUCUGCAAUCGUUUAUAUAUCACGUACAUUCUGGAAUCAUGCAUUAUUUGCAAUUUUGUUUUCCAAAACCAAUUUUGAAAUCUUGAAUUUCUUUUAAAGUAUUUGAAAUAAAUAUGUAAGAGCUAUAAAAAAUUAUUCUGGAUUGUUCUUAAUUUAUUCUUAAUCUAAUAGGGUGUAAACAGUGCGAGUGCUAGCUUUUUCGCUCUAGUGUGGUGUUCAGGCCCCAUUUGCCAACAAAGCGAGCGAGACAGCCUUAAUUUGCUGACACAUUUGAAUAUUCACCGAAAAGCACCCUCAGAUCGCUAAAAAUCCUCAAUUUUGAGAAAAAACGUUGUUCAAAAUUGCAUUUUGCAGAAGCUCAGCCUCAGCUUGUUCUUAAUUUGUUCUUAACUUUUGGCCAAUUUUGAGGCUCGUGUUCUUAUAAAAUUGUUUUUAUAAAACGAAAAAAGUGUAAAUAUAGAAAAAUUGAUCGAAUUCUCUACAUUUCUGAAAAGUUAUAGCUUGUUUAUGAACGAGGCCAAAUUCUAUUGGCGUCACCAAACAGCUGGAGUUCGUGAAAAUUGCGUUUCUGUUUUGCUAUACGUCACUGUUUUGCAAUACUUUCAGAUCCAGGACUAUACAUGACAUUUGGUCUUCUAUUUCGUCAAGACUUCUCCAACUGAAAGCGGAACUUGACCAAUUAUCGUCUGUUUACUUCCAUAUGGAUAUGACAAGGAAACAAUUUGUUCCGUUAUGGCGCUUUUACAUUAAAUUGGUCAGAUGUUUCUUUGAAUUGAAUCCAAAAUCAGCCAUAGCAGAAAACAAAUUGACGAACUACAAGCGAAAAUUGCCCUACUGAAUGGAAGAUCGUUGUGCUUGCAAGAAAAUGGUCUCAUUUCUGAAGAACUGUCGAAUAGGAUCGAGUCACGCUUAGAAAAGUGGAGAAAGCUUCGAAGGGACACAAAAGAAAAAACAUAUUUUAGCAAGCUUCAAGGAUCCAAUGAUCAGCCACACAGAAGUGCAGACCUUGAGCCAGCCUGUGAAAUAAGUUAUGAAAUAAAGGUAUUUUCUAACCACCUUAAGAAUUAUGACAUUGGGACUGAAGGGGCUAAGAGGAUUCAAAUAAGCGGGGGGUCAUGACCAUGUCAAAACUGAGGUGUUUGGGGCAAAAAUAAGGGAUUAAGCUGUAUCCACGAUGUUUAAAACCGGAUGACAUUACUACAGCUUUUUUGCUAUUUGAUUGGCUUACACCAAGCUACUUGUGCGUCGAUUAGUUCAGACCAAGCAAAGCCGAAUCGAAUCAAACCGGUAUUAUAUUUCUUGUAGAAACAAACUGCCUUUUAAUGAAACCUACAUAAAGGCAAGCGACACACACUGAAAUGACCUAAGCCACCUAUCAAUCAAUGUAUGGCCAAUCAUAAGCGUCCGAGUGGUAUCACGCUUACUGAUUGGCUAACAGUUCAUUGACAGAUGCCUCAAUCAGGCUGAGAAAGCCUUUCUGUAGACUAAUAAAAGUUUUUUGCUGUUUUUUGGCAUCAUUUCUAUAGCCACGAUGAAAUGCUUUGUGGCACUGCUCCAACCUUUGUGAAUACAUCCUUCGUGGAAUUUAAUAUUACUUUUACUUAUAAUAAUCCACCCACAAUUGAUUUGACAUUCGCAAAGAUGAUUUCACUUGAGCAUUAUCCCAUCUUUUAUAAUUAAUCAAACCUUUUAUUCCAAAUAGAGUAAAUGUAAGCUCAAAAUCUCUUUUCUGUCAUUGUAGAGCUCAAAUGUUGACAUACUUAUUGAACGAUAAUUCUACAGUGUUUUUCAACUACUCAAACUAGAUUUUUACAAUAGAUGUUUUUAAUCCUUUUAUUGUCAGCAGAUUAAGACCUAUAUUUUUUGGUAACUCAAAAGGGUUAUACAGUAUAAAAGCAUUUUACGUGAUUUAUCGCUUUCAAGAUGAAACGAAUUGCAAAUUUUGAUAGGAUUUGGAAACAGCUUCCAAAGCAGUUAAUGUUAAACCCAUAGUUUAAGGAGUAAGUAUGAUUUGAGAUGACUUAUCCCUCGACGCAGUGUGCUCAUUAUAUCAAUCUUGAAACAUAUUUGAUUCCUGCAUGAUUUCAGCAUGAUUAAAAUCCAGUUUUUGUAGCUAUUUAUAGCUUUGAUCAUCGGCUAUCUGUUUUGUUAUUAUAUUUUCAAGCAUUUGUCAAUUAAUUCAAAGUUAUUUGGGAAAUAGGCUAGUCUCGUAUGCCCAGGAUACACUAACUAAGGGUUUCUAACAGGCCUCUAAAUGAAAAGAUAGAAAAUUCAAUUCAACCAAUGUGUGUAAUUUUCCCGCUAAUCAAAUUAGCUUUCGCAACCGUAUUCACCAAGUAAACAAGUUGCAGGUCUAUGUCACGUGCUUACUCCCUCCCUCGCGACGGAUCGUGCAUGAAAUAUCCAUAAAAACAAAAGGAUUUCCAGGGAUUUUCAAAUGAAACAAUAGGAUAUUUUAUUCCACCAAAGAUGUACGAGAUUCUUGUGGAUUUAUUCGUCCCUCAGUCAAAACGGCAUUUCAGGAAGACGCGAGGCUCAGUCCUCACUGCAAGAAGCAGACAUUUUGUUUGGUUUUUUCUCUUUAGAUUCAACCUUCUAAGCAUCAAUAUCCAAUUGACGGCGAUCAAGUGAUUGAAAUACAUGUUUAUUUCUCAUCUCAAUGUGGUUAUUGUUUGGUUGCAAACGGAAUUUUUAGAUCUAUCGUUAGCUCAAUACACUAUUGUUAUCAACUGUCUGAAACGAUUGACCCCUCCCAAAGCGCAAAGCUUAUUUCAUUAAUGGUGCAUUAUAAGUACGUUAAUGCUCUGCUCGGCAAGCUUUGUCAAAAAAUCAAUUUAUUCAUGAUAAGAUUGUAUAAAUAACUGUGUUCCUUUUAAUGAUGGAUUUUAUGAAUCAUUUGAUUGUAGUUUUUUGUACUUGAAAGAAACCUGUUAGAUACUCCAUGUUUAAUCAACAGCAUUGUCCAUUGAAUCCCGUUAAACCAAGGUAUACUUUUCCUGAGCUGCUUACUCAUCAGGCUUUUAAGGCUCAGCCUUACAAAUAAGUGCUUUGGAAAACAUUGGGCGUGUCGCUGAAAGUUUCUAUUUAUAUAGAACAUGAGUCAUGCAGUAUAUACUGGGCAUCUAAUCUAUCUUGAGCUAGAUCAAUAACUGGAUGAGGUUCCAAUUUUAGAACUUUCCAUCCACUGACACGGAGUGACUUACUUUCAAGAUUAUUUUUAGUUCAUACUUAAAAUCACUUUAUUCUAUACACGAUAAACUUUGAGAAGCUAUUGCUUCAAAAAUUGUUUGUAGAGUAGAAGAAUGGCAAACUGAUUACGUCACAAAAUGUUUUUCACAUUUCUUUUAAGUUUGACUACAGCAUGAAAUACAUCGAAAUAUGAAAAAUCAAUGAAAGAUGUCGCAAAUUGGCUUAGAUAUUGCCAAAAAAAGACCUGAGUUGUACGCAUUGAUUAAUGUUGUUUUCACCUUGUUCAUAAAUUUUGAUAGAAAGAAUAAGUUAACGCAAAAAGAAUGUUUUUCAUUUUACCUCAUCAUUUUACCGCUUUAUUACAAUACAAAGUUCAUAUCAGAUAAGAAUGGAGGCAGAAAGAUGACUGCAAACAAUUUUUCGACGAUACAAAAUUCGAAAGUGGCUUUGAAAAAAGCAAACAUUUUACAACAUUCUAAAAGCUUUUUCGUCUGUCACUCCUUAGAGGAUAAAACGUCACUCUGAGAAGGGUCAGACGAAAAAGCUUCUAACAUGUUGUAAAAUGUUUGCUUUUUCAAAGCCAUUUUCAAAGAUGACUGUUUUGAAAAAGGCAGGAUAUGUCUAAAACGAUAUGGUUUUUAGAUUUUUAGAGCUUUGUAGUUGAAUUAGUAUGAAAAUUUCUUAUACCGGAUAGCAUGGUGAAACAGUUGCCUUCUUUUGAAAUUGGACCUAUUUGCUUAUAGAAUUUUGUGAAUUAUUCAGUGAAAAUUGAAUAGAAUUGGUUAGAGAUGCCUGUUAAUAGUUAUUUACAACUUUUUAGAGGAAGAUCCGUCAUGCUUGUGAGCAAAUAAUUGUCCUCAAGAAGAAACAAUUACUGCAAGAGGUUAAUGAGAGAACCAGUGACGAGGAUGAACGUCGCUUGAAGGAUCAGUUAUGGACUAAACUUGAGGAACUACUUGAAGACUUCAAGCCCAAAGAAAUACUGGAAUCAUUAAAACAGAACACAGUGCAGUCAGCGAGAAUACUCCAAUCAAGAACCACACAGGUUGAUCUUAUGAGAGAUGCAGAAGAAUUGAGGUUUAAAUUUGAGUCUGGGAAAUUAAAAGAUGUGUCGCGUCAGCCCAUUCUACUGCAGAGUGUCGACCAGCUGAUCGAGCAAGGCCAUUCCGCCCAUUUUCAGAGAUUCGUAGAAUCCGAAAAAGCAAAGAAUGAUAUUUGGAAAGAAAAGAAAAGGUUUGAAAGGGCUCAGCAAAUCCUCAACAAUGUCCUUCAAAAGCAGUAUGGAACUAAGUCGAAAGAGAUCAAUUUGAAGAGGAGGGUUCUUGACCUGGAAACAGAGUUGUAUGGUAUUGAGGCCGCAAUUUCAUACACAAAAGAGUUGAUAAAUUACGUCACAAGCCAAAGAGAGACGAAAAGGAAAGCCGAAGAAUCAUUACUUGCAAAAUAUAGAAAGAUCCAAGAAUUUGAGAAAACAGCCCAAAGAAAACAGAUGAUGAUACAGACGCUUGUGAAACAAAACGGAAGGGCAAGAAAUCAACUUGAAGUGCAACAAAAUGAGCUUCUUUCAUACGUGAAAAAUCAGAUAACCCUUCUUGGUAAAGAGAUUGAUUCCACAGUGGACGAGAUAAAACAGAAGCAUUCAUUGGAGCUAGAAUUGUUUUCGUCUUUACAAUUGGCCCAACUAGAAUCUGUUGAGCUGCAAAAUGGAUCAAGAGUGCCGUAUGAAAGUCUGUCAAUUCAUCAGCAAGAAUGCAAUGAGAACAAUGCAAGCCGUUUGGUGAAGCAAAUGAUAGAUGCUUUGAAAGUUAAGAGCUAUCUUGCUCCUGAAGAACUUAUUUUUAAGAUAAAAGAACUGAAAGAGAAAGAAAUUGAGUCAAAUAAUCAGCGCAAGCUGCAAGUGAGUCAUGAUGAAGAAAUAGUGUAUGACGAAUUCAUUAAGAAGCUUGCGAGAAUGCAAGAUCAAUGUAAAACGAUGGUUGACCAAACCGAAUCUAAAAGGCGACAAACGCUUUCUGUUCUAAGAGGCAGUUUUUUAAAUGCUACAGAUGCACUUAAGGAGUGUUUGGAUUUAGGAAAGCUGACCAACACAUGGUGGGACCAACCUGCCCAGUUUUUAGUCCCGUGGAUCAAAGAAGAGGGCAUGAACCUGCGCCAGUGGCACACACAGUGGGAGAUAAACUCAGCAAGAUUGGCCGAGAAAAGCUGUUAAAAUGAAAACAACAUUAUCUGCGGAAUACACCAAGCUUGAAGAAAUAAGAUGUAUUCCAACGAAAGAUUUGACUUGGAUUUUGUGAUAAUUUCAUUAUUCCCUGAUUUAUUGUUAACUUAUCUAUCAGAUGUGUUAGAAUUGCAAGAAACUGCCCGAUGAAAAGACGUUCGCCGGCUGUUUAAAGGCAAGUUCGCCAGACUGGACCUUAAUUCCUAAAUUAGAUUUCUUCUGCAGCAUAACACAUUCAGCUUGAAAAUUGUUUAGUGCUCAAACCAAUUAUAUUCCCCCUCUCCCACCCCUUCCUUCUGAUGCAUAUAAGAUCAUAAAAGCUUAAAAAUUGAAUACUAUACUUCCAAAAGCACUUUUAUUAAUUUCAAUAAUACUCUGUAUGGAAUGAGAAAUUACUCUUGUAGUAUUUUCUAUAUUUAUUGUCAUAUCUUAUGGUAGCUAAAAUUGAUAAUACAGAGAUAGAGCGAUUAAUCAUUGUGA